UGUGUGUGUGUGUGUGUAUGUGUGUGUCUGUGUGUGUGUGUGUGUGUGUGUGUCUGUGUGUGUGUGUAUGUGUGUGUGUGUGUCUGUGUGUGUAUGUGUGUGUCUGUGUGUGUGUGUGUGUGUGUAUGUGUGUGUCUGUGUGUGUGUGUCUGUGUCUGUCUGUGUGUGUGUGUUUGUGUGUGUGUGUGUGUGUGUGUGUGUGUAUGUCUGUGUGUGUGUGUCUGUGUCUGUGUGUGUCUGUGUGUGUGUGUUUGUGUGUGUGUGUGUGUGUCUGUGUCUGUGUGUGUGUGUGUCUGUGUGUGUGUGUGUGUGUGUCUCUCUGUCUGUGUCUGUGUGUGUGUGUGUGUGUGUGUGUGUCUGUGUGUGUGUGUGUCUAUGUGUGUGUGUGUGUGUCUGUGUGUGUCAGGACUCUCAGAGUAGACAGACGGCGUACAGCAUGCACCAGCUGCAGGGGAACAAAGAGUUCGGCAGUGAAAAGAGAGGAAACCUGCUGAAGAAGAGUGACGGGUUGAGGAGGGUGUGGCAGCGCAGGAAGUGUUCAGUGAAGGGUGGAGUCCUCACCAUCUCCCACGCUACAUCUAACAGACAGCCGGUCAGGUUGAACCUCCUCACCUGUCAGGUGAAGCCGAGCGCAGAGGACAAGAAGAGCUUCGACCUGAUCUCUCAUAACAGGACGUACCACUUCCAGGCUGAAGACGAGCUGGAGUUCAUCAGCUGGGUGUCUGUGCUGACCAACAGUAAGGAGGAGGCCCUGAACGUGGCGUUUCAGGGCGGAGCUCAGAGCUCAGCUGUGGACGAGGAGGAGGAGCUAACCAAGAGCAUCAUUGAUGAGGUGCUGCGGUCACCAGGCAACGACACCUGCUGUGACUGUGGAGCUUCAGACCCUCGGUGGAUCUCCACUAACCUGGGGGUUCUGACCUGUAUUGAGUGUUCCGGGAUUCACAGAGAGAUGGGAGUCCACGUGUCCAGGAUCCAGAGUCUGGAACUGGACAAACUGGGAACCUCAGAGCUGCUGGUUGCUAAGAAUGUUGGGAAUUGUAGUUUUAAUGAGAUCCUGGAGGCGGGCCUCCCGUCUCUGUCCGUGAAGCCGUCGUCCUCCAGUGACAUGACCACACGGAAAGAGUUCAUCAACGCCAAGUACGUGGAGCGCCGGUUUGUCCGGCGUACCGUCUCCAUGGCGAGCAGCGGUCUGGAGGAGGUGUGGGAGGCUGUGCGAUCCAGAGACCUCCUGUCAAUCGUCCAGCUGUACGCUGAGGGGGUGGAGCUACUGCAGCCCCUGCCUGAACACAGCAAGGAUGUGUUUCAGGAAGCAGGAGAGACGGCGUUACAUCACUACGUCCGAACAGCUGAUCAGUCCUCCCUGCACCUGGUGGACUUCCUGGUCCAGAACAGUGGUAACCUGGACGGACUGACGAACCGGGGGAACACAGCUCUGCAUUACUGCUGUCUGUUCAACAGAGCGGAGUGUGUGAAGCUGCUGCUGAGAGGAAAACCUGACAUCUCCAUCACCAAUCAGAACGCAGAGACAGCUCUGGACAUCGCCCGCAGACUGAAGAGCUCUCAGUGUGAAGAACCGCUGGUGGAGGCGGUCUCUGGCAGGUUUAACCCUCACGUCCACGUGGACUACGACUGGAACCUCAGACUGGACGACCUGGACGAGAGCGACGACGAGCUGGACGACAAGCCCAGUCCAGUGAAGAAGGAGCGCUCGGUGCGUCCUCAGAGCUUCUGUCCGUCCUCCCAUGUCUCCUCGUCUCAGGAGAAGCUGUCCCUCCCUCCAUCCUUCGUCCCUCCUCACAGGGACAAGCAGCGUCUGUCCUACGGAGCGUUUGCUAACCCGGUCUACAGCACCUCUUCUGACACUCCUCCGUCCCCUGGACCGGACUCCUCAGGACUGUCACCUGCAGCCAGGAUCCAGGGAAGAGGCCCCUCCUUCAGCCCACCCACCUCCCUCCCUCUGACAGGCGGAGUAGGGGGCAGCUCCACCCUGAAGAAGAGGCCACCUCCCCCUCCACCCGGACAUAAGCGUGCUUUGUCAGACCCCCCCAGCCCAGUCCUUCAGGGACCGGCAGUCAGAGGAAGUGAGCUGACCCCCCCACCCGGAAUCAGGAGCAGCAGGUUCGAGGGGAUCCAGCAGCAUCAGAGUUUGGCCUCCUGUAACCCCAAAUCCACUCUGGGACCCCGAGUUCUACCCAGACUACCUGAGAAAGUGGCUCUAAGGAAGAUCGACACCAUCCACCUUCCGUCUGUGGACAGACCGAGCCAGCCUCCAGACCUGCUCCUCAAACCCUCGUCCCCCCAGCCGGACCCCCAGAAGUCUCCCCCCUUCAUCGAUGCCUCCCCCAAAGAUUCCCUUACCCCGGUUGACUCCGCCCACAGAGUCCCAUUGACUGAGAGGCCACAGCUGUUCGAUCUUCCCCCAAAACCUCUUCUCAAAGACCUCCCACCAAAACCCCUGAUCACUGACCUCCCCCCCAAACCCGUCCUUAGUGACAGGCAUGUCGCUAUGGAGACACAGGGAUCCAAGAUGGCGUCUGCAGGAGAGUCACGUGUCCAGCAGGGGGUGCUGUCUCCUCAAGCUGAGGACGACGAUGACGACGAUGACGACUCUCUGCCCGGCGCCAUGGAGCCGCCAGUCCCCCUGCCACGCACCAUCACCCCUGUGAGGAGCAAGGUCCGCCGGGUCAGAACCAUCUACGACUGCCAGGCCGACAACGAGGACGAGCUGAGCUUCAGCGAGGGAGAGGUGAUCAUCGUCACGGGGGAGGAGGACCAGGAGUGGUGGGUCGGACACAUCGAGGGACGUCCCGACAGGAGGGGCGUGUUCCCCGUGUCCUUCGUCCACAGCCUGUGUGAUUGACAGCCAGAGACCAGGCCGGCACACAGCGAGGCCCCGCCCACCUGACGCGGUCACACAGGUGGAAGUGGGCGGAGUCAGUGAGUGACCAGGUUUGGACCUACAGGAGCCAGACUGACCCGGUCCUCGCUGUGAAGACUCUUCAUUAUCCUAACAGUGUUACCAUAGCAACCCAGCAUGAAACCCGGGCCGGACGUAGCAACCGAAUCUGAGGAGGCGGAGACACACAGCGGUGAAAGGUCAGAGGACACGCCCCCUGCUGGCCGGGCAGCACAUCACUCCACCAGCAGCCAAUCAGAGAGAAGCACAACAAUAACAGGAAGCACAUCAUCAGGAGGAUCGUCCAAUCAGCAGAGACCAGACCACCUGAGGGCCCCCCUGACCCCACUUCCCUGAUUCUAGCUCCUCCCAUUUUGUCUAAAUAUGGUCACUUCCUCCCCUGUGAACUCAAGUGACUCUGGUCUGGACUCACCUGGUCAGGUUCAGGGUUCAGGUCUCAGUGAGGUGUUCCGUCUCUUCAGAUUCCUCCUUAAACUGUAUUUAUGUAUCUACCUGUACUACCCUCACCUGUCCGUGCUCCUGUCCAGAUCCUCUUUAGUCCUGAUCCUCCUCAGCACAAGGGUACCAUGACUACAUCCAAUCAGAGAGCUCUGCUAUGAGGCACGUCCAAUCGGAGAGCUCUGCUAUGAGGCACGUCCAAUCAGAGAGCUCUGCUAUGAGGCACGUCCAAUCAGAGAGCUCUGCUAUGAGGCACGUCCAAUCAGAGAGCUCUGCUAUGAGGCACGUCCAAUCAGAGAGCUCCUCUGUGAGGCACGUCCAAUCAGAGAGCUCCUCUGUGAGGCACGUCCAAUCAGAGAGCUCCUCUGUGAGCGAUGGAGGCUGGUGGAGGGUCAGUGAAUCAUAUCUGAAUAUUUAAAACGUAUAAUCAGUGUUUAUGUUCGUUCAGACGACUCAUCAAGUUAAACCAGCUCCAGGAUGAAAGACUCACUUUGAUCAAAGUCCACGUUCUUCAUAAACCAAGACCUGAGUCAGGGAGAGGACAACAGGAAGUCAACACGUCUGCUGCCUUAUUUAGAGGCUGUUCAUGUGGAGGUGACCUCAGAGGUCAGAGGUGUUUAGGGACGUGUGGUGGAGUGAGGACUCUUAAUGAUGGCUCUGGCUGUUUCCGAAACGGCCUGCUACAUACUACUUACUAAUGUAGUAGGCAGCAGGUAUUUCCUGCUACAUACUGCGUUUGAAUUUAGUCUGUAGUCUGACUGUUCUGUCCGAUCUGUCAUGCAGCAUGCUGAGCCAGACUUCACUGGAUUUCCGGUUUCGGAAAGCGGAAGUAAACAACGGCGAAGCCGAUAAAUAAAAAGCUUAUUUAGCAUCCAUUUCUGAUUUCAAAAGUUAGGAAGUGGUUUAUAUGUAAUUUGAUAACUUUCACAGCACCCAAAAACAGAUUUCCUCCCGUCAAAAAAUGAGGAAAAAGAAAAAGCAGAACGAGCGCUGUGCAUUAUGGGAAACAGUACGCGAGGCAGACUGGUCCGAUGCACGCUGAGAUAUUUUCCUGAAUCAGUAGACAUCCGGGGAGUUUUGGCAUACUGCAGAUUUUGCUCUUGUUCACAGACUACUUACUACAUACUGAAUUUUGGACAUAUCAGUACAGACUGCUAGUAUAGUAGGCGAUUUCGGAAACAGCCUCUGAUUAUAAAGCAGAGAGGAAGACGAAGGUCCGGCUCUUCAUCAUAGUGCAGCUGGAGCUUUAAAGGAACAGUCCAACAUUUCAACUCACAUCUUUAAUCCACAGGAAGUGUUCAGGCUAGCUUAGCACACACAAUGGAAGCAGAUGGAAAGUGUUAGCACCUGAUUCACCUGCUGAGAGUCAACAAGUUUUAAAGUCCUCUUCAAGUCCCCGUCCAGCAUGCUAACACCUAGCAUCAUUCAAUCUGUAUUUAUACCUUUAAUAAUCGACACGAGCAGAGGUUUCAUCACAGCCACCAAUUAUACCUGUUAGCUACAGGAAGCUAACGUUAGCUACCUGUAGCUAACACAGGUAGCUAACGUUAGCUACCUGUAGCUAACACAGGUAAAGGCUAACACGAGAAUCAUGAAGGCUUUUUGAAUCGUUGGUCUCUGAGUGGAACAGGUCGUUUGAGUUUGGCGUCUUCCUGUGAAGCUAGUUGGUUAACAUGCUAGCUCAUGGCUGGUCUGUGUCCUGGUUCAGGGUCUGUGUCCUGGUUCAGGGUCUGUGUCCUGGUUCAGGGUCUGUGUCCUGGUUCAGGAUCUGUGUCCUGGUUCAGGGUCUGUGUCCUGGUUCAGGGUCUGUGUCCUGGUUCAGGGUCUGUGUCCUGGUUCAGGGUCUGCAGCUGACCAUUUCCCCGACUGGAGGACCUGCCGGCUGCUUCCUUCCUGGAUCGUCAUAUCCCAUGAUCCUUUGCGCACCAACUCAGGACUAAAUGUUGAACUCUCAGGCCGCCACCUCCUGAGCGGUAAGCAGUUAAAGAUUAGUAUUUGGUUUAAACUCAAGUGAACAAAUGUUACAGACGGACUGAAUCAGGACGCAGCUACCAGUCAGCCACAAGAGCUAUCUGCUAGGCUAGGUAGUUAGCUUAAAAUCAGGCUAAGCUCUAUAUUGAUCCACCUGGUCUCUAUAAACACUCAGCACAGACCGGUUCGACUGAGCGAGCCAUCAGAGGGAGCAGGAGACACACGAAGUGGCUAACAUGUUAGCUUCAUACUGUCAUGAGAAUGAGAUUGUGUGUGCUCAUUAACAAACAUGCUACCAUGCUAAUGUUUCAAAGUGUUUAAAUUACUGAUGCUAACAAUGCUAUCAGUCUGAAAAUGCUAAGUGUGUUUUAAUGAAAGUGGAAUAAUAAAGUUCUGAACCUC